UUUUUGCAACACACUACUGAGAUGUUUCGUUCUCUAACGUAGUUUCCAAGUCUUUCUUGGUAGUUUCUCAGUCUUAGUGGCUUUCUUCGAAACAUUGCCAUGACGGAUUGAGGAAGCAAGGUCGUAAAACAGUCAAAUGUGGCUUCCAUUUCCUCGACAGAGGCCAGGAUAACUUAAAACACUAACUAUUUGUAAGAAGCACCUUCUUACAGUUGCUAUGGCUACAGGAGGAAGUCCAGUUAAAGUUCUAUACGAAACUGAAGACUUGCCUGACCAAGAAAAUGCUCCAGAUUUUGAUGAGGACACUUUACGAGCCAUAGCUGAUGUUUAUAGGAAUGAGGGUAAUGAGGCCUCCAAGAACGGAGAUUUCAUCAAUGCUAUUCAUUUUUACACCAAAGGAAUUAAAGUGAACUGCAAUGAGAAAGAACUGAAGGCCAAACUGUACAACAACAGGGCUAUGGCACAUUUUAAACUUGGAAAUCACCAGGAUUCACUAAGGGAUGCAGAAGCAGCCAUUGAGUUAAAUCCAACUUUCCUUGAGGCAAUUUUAAGAGGUUAG